AUGCCCUCACGGUCACCAGCAAAUAGUCUCGCGACCCUCGCAAUGGAAGAACGAGCACUCCGCGCCCGAAAACAGAAUAUCGCAGGAUUCGGCUGUUCCUGGAUCCGACCUGCUGGAUGCGCGAAGACUAUGCUAGGCAUGAAAGAGGAAGAAGCUGAGCGCGAAGAGGCUCUGCAAGCUGCGGCUGCGGAAAUGAAUGUUGAAGGCAUGAUGGAUGAUGAUCUUGGUAUGACGCAGGGUGAAGAGGAUGAAGGGAUGGAAAGAGAUCUUGAUGAUGAUAUCCCUGAUGCGGAUGUCGAUGCUGAGGGAUUGAUUGAAGAAGGGGAGGAAGGUCUUGAGGAGGAUGAACUUGAUGAGGAGACUUAUUUGGAACGCGAUUUGGAUGAUGAUAUUCCUAGGGAAAAUCUUGACGAUGUUGAUUUUACUUCGGUGUACAACUCGGACGGAUUCGAUCAUUGGGAUUCGGAUAUCCCUGAACGUUCAUCUGAUGAGGGUAUGUAUCGGGAUCUUGAUGCAGAGAUUCCCGAGGCUGAUGAGGGCAUGAGUCGGGAUCUUGAUGCGGAAAUUCCUGAGGCUGAUGAGGGCAUGAGUCGAGAUCUUGAUGCGGAAAUUCCUGAUGCUGUGGAGGAUGGUUCUGAGCAGGAGGGUGAAUGGCAGCAUACGGAUACAGAAGAGGAGGACGAUUAUGAGGACGAGGAGAACGACCAGGAAGAAGGUGUUGUUCGCAGUCGAUUCGCGGAGAAUUUCAGAACGAGUACCCCGAACAGUCGCAGCGGCAUGCUACCGACACCUAUCAUGCAUCGCGCGCGCGAGACAGCUGCUCAGAGCAGAUUCAUCAACAGGUGGAGUGGAGGCGGCGACGCCAUUGAUUCGAGCAGUCUACUGUAUGAGGAUGAUGACCUGCGUGCGUCGAUUACGAGUCAAGGUAGUCAGCGUGUGUAUGGUCGGAGAUAUCCUCGUCAUGUUGGAGGACCACGAGACAGUCUGUCAUGA